CCGACCCUUCCUGUUCCUAUUUCUACCCCCUUCCCCCUCAAAGCAUCUUCACCCUUUUCCCCAUUAAACCCUAAAUUGGAGUUGCAGCGAAGCUCCGAGUAAUUCAAUCUCGAUAUCAUUGUCAGUAUUUAUGCCUCAAACGGAGAUCUUCACCGGCGAUUGUUUCAGAUAUCCAUCCACAUUCACAAACCGAAUUCUGCGCCGGCGACGAUGAGGUAUUUCUUCGAUCAGGCAAAGACGAAGAGCAACAGCGCCGGCGUCUCUCCGAUGAAGAUUCUCGACGCCGUGCGCGACUGGAAAGUCACUGGCCGGAGUCUCCUCCAGUCGUUGGACGAUUUGACGACGGAUUUCGAGCGGCGAGAGCAGAGUUUGGCUUCAGCGACCGAAUCGAUGGAGGCGAGGCUGAAGGAUUUGGAGAAGAAGGAGAAGGAACUCGAGAAGAAGAAGACUGAAUUGGUUUUGAAGGAGAAGGAACACGAGAAGAAGAAAACUGAAUUGGCUUUGAAGGAGAAGGAACACGAGAAGAAGAAAACUGAAUUGGCUUUGAAGGAGAAGGAACUCGAGAAGAAGAAAACUGAAUUGGUUUCGAAGGAGAAGGAACACGAGAAUAAGAAAACUGAAUUGGUUUUGAAGGAUAAGGAACAAGAGAACAAGAAAACUGAAUUGGUUUCGAAGGAGAAGGAACACGAGAAGAAGAAAACUGAAUUAGCCUUUCUGUCGAAAGAUUCCACGAACAGUUUGAGAUUGAAAGAGCAGAAAUUAGAUGAGCAGCUGAAGUCAGUGAGCACACACAUCGAUAGUUUGGAGAAUUCCCGCAGGGAAGUGCAGAAUUUGAAGCAUUUGCAGUGUGAAAAGUUGAAGGAGAUCGAGGAGAAGGUGAGAGAGGUUGAAUUGAUGAGGGUAGCCAUGGAAGAAAGGAUGGCAGAGAUCGAGAGAGAAUUCGAUCGAAAAUUGAGAGAAUUAGCUCUGAAGGAGGAGUUCUUGGAAACUAAAAGGGCAGUGUUAGUAGGAGAUGUUAAGCUUGCAGAUGAGAGGUUUAGAGAUGGGAAGAAGAAGGGAUGGGGUUUAAUGAAGAAGAUGGAAUCAGCAUUGUGUUUGUUAGAAGGGACGCAGGCGACCAUCGACGAGAAGUUGAAGAAGAGCGAAUUGUGUGCCCGCGAAGGAUUGAUUGUGGUUCUUGAUGAAGCCGAACUGAUUGGUAGGCAGUUGGAGAAGCAUUUUACAGAGCUUGAGAGGAUAUCGAAAGAGGAUGAAAGGGAAAGGCGAAAUUCGGGUAUUGAUCAGGAAAAGCUUCUAAAGGAGAUCAAACUGAUGGAUGUAAAAGUAGCUGAGCAUCAGAAGUUAGGGGAGAAAAUUAUGGAUCGUUUGGAGGAAGUGAGAGCUAAGAAGGUUACCGAAAUGGUCGAUUAUGGCAUGAAUCGGGAAUUGGUUGAUCUACACUUGCAAGAACUUAAGAAGAGGGAGGAAGAAUUUCAUCUAUACCAACGAGAAAGAGAAGAAGAACUUGUGUCGAAGGAGAAGAAGUUAAGGUCGAUUAUGGAAGAGUUUAUCGACGGGAAAUUCGAUAAGCAGGAGAUCAAUGAGAUGCUAAGGGAGAGGCUUGAUUUAGUUUGGGGUUGUACUGAACCAGAAGUUUCGGUCGACUCGAAACAGGCUAAGGAUGUGAGUCGAUUGUUAGAAACGGCCAUAAACAGCGAAAAGGAUGCGAAAUUGGUAGGUGACGAUGUUUCGGAAGUUCUACGAGCAUCGUCUGAUCCAGCAAAGUUGGUUCUUGAUGCAAUGAAAGAGCUUUGCGUCUACAGAGCCAUGAGAGCUGACAGGAUGCUAAACCUAAGGAGAAUCCGUAUACUUUUAUUACGUUGUCUCUCCAAAAUGUCACGAAACAUUAAGCCUUGUGUUCGACAAGCUGUGAUUAGACUAGCAGAGAAGUGUGAGCCGAAAACUAGAAACUUCGACGAAAAUCCCCUGCAGAUGUUGGAAUACUUACUUCUAAUGGCUGCUUAUAAGCUAAGAUCCCCUUUUAAUAACAAUGAUGUUUUGAGUUUCUUGAAGGCGAUCGCCCAACACGAAGAAACGCCUGAGUUGUUUCUUAUCCUCGGCCUCAGAGAUAAAAUCGAAGAGUUCGUGCAGAAUCUCAUAAACGAGAAGCGAUAUCUUCUUGCAAGUAGUUACAUAAAAUACUUUGAGGUUGAGAGGGUGUUUCCUCAAACAGCUGUGAUCGAUUAUUACGUGAAGCAUGUGAAGAUUUUAGGGAAGGUGAAGCUGAACGACCCUUUCGAGGCACAACUCAAGGCUAGUUUUGAGGAGAUACGAAAUCUGCGUCAAGCAAUCGAGCAUAUUGUGAAGCAUGGGCUGCAAUACGCGUAUGCACCCGAACUCCUUAUGGAAAGGAUAGGGCAGUUAGAGCAGAAUCUGAAGUGCAUGGGGAAAGGGCUCGUGAUAUCAUUGUCGCCGGAUGUAAAUAAACCGCAUGUAAAUAAACCGCGAAUGGGUUGCGAAAACUUGGCAGGAUUACAGAAUGCGAGUGGAAGAAUUGGAAGAAUGGAACAAGAAAACCAGGACAACGUAGAUAAAGAAGAUUUGGAAUGGAAGUACCAGAGUUGGGAAAGUAGACCAAAAAAGUGUCGAGCCCCUACGCCACAAGAGAAGAAGAACGCGCGAUUCAGACGACCAAACAAGAAACGUUGCAGGGAUUGGUCGUUUCAUGGUCGGUCUUAGGAUCAUUAUGGGAAGAGGUAGUAGGGCUAGGAUAGCAGCGAUUUUGGGUCGAUAAGAGAUUGGUAACUUGUAUUCUCGUUGUUGCCCGGCCGAAAGAAUUCUUCCGGGGCUCAGCUGCUGCUGCAUUCUUGGCCUUGGUUGGAUAGGAUUUUGAGUUAGAAUGAGCUUGAAUUUGGUUUCCUGCUCAUGAUCUUUUUGUUAGGAGGAGUUGGAUCUUGUGGCUCUUGUGGAUAUUGUAGUUAUGAAGUUGGUGCAAGCAUAAAGAAGCCUUUUGUCAUUUAAAGGGAGGUACGUUUAUAUUUUAUUUAUGAUAUGAAAAGCCGCAGUCGCUAUUAUUUGAAUAUCUUCUUCGAGGAGUUGAAGGGUUUGAACACAGUCACGAGUCUAUCCUCACACCACUUGGCUAUUCUUUAAUUAGGGAUGUCAAUGAGACGGAUUUGGGAAGGGUUCUACUAGGCAUGAGACCCGAGGUGUUGGGUGUUUGAACAAGAUUACGAGUCAAUCCUCACACCACUCAAUCUUACCGUAAUUAAGGAUGUCAACGGAGCGGGUUUGGGAUAGGCCUGACACCCAUCCUGCUGAAUAUAUUAGGCUUCAGGAUUCACUUCGGACCUGUUAUUGUUUAAAAUUUAAAAUCUACAACCUACCUCGAAUUUACCCAAGGUUAAAAUUUAAAAAACAAUCUGCCCUGAAGGAUAUUUUUAGACUUGAAUGGGGCUAACUCGUCUCAUUUGACAUCCUUAUCAGUAAUAUGUUGCAAAAAAUUCUGAUAAACUUCAUCUAUCUAAUUGGGGUCUUGAUAUGAUUCAACCGCUAUUGUGGUUAGUCAUUUGAUUAUAGUAUUUUUUGUCCAUGUGGUUGUGUCAG